GCCAUAUUGAGGUGAGACGCCGAAGGGAGAGGACGCCGCGCCGCUCGCUCUCGUAUUUCUUCGUUCUGAGGUGAUUGGACUAUUGUUCCGGGCGUGUAUGGCAAGGGAACACGUGGGGCUAUUGUGGGAAGAAGAGAGGAAAAGGUUGCGUGAAAAUUGUGACAUUUCCAAGCGCAUAAAAGUAGAAAUCAGAAAAAUCGAAACUGACAUUUUCACUCAAAAGAUAAGGCACGAAAAAGGACGAUAAGUCGAGGAAGGCGACCAUGUCACUCGACUGAAUCCCCGGGAAAAUAAAAGUGACAGCAGCAACGGCAACCUCACGCCUACCUGGCAAGAGCAGCCGUCCUCUGGGGAAAAAGUAGGAGCUCCCACGUCACAGCCAGCGAACCCCUCAAGACGCCCUUAGAAAUUACCCCCUUAACCCCUAAAACUCCUCCCCCUCCCAACCCCAUCCCAUUACCCCCCCAACACACCCCUUUAGAAUCCACAGGAACCCCCAGGCGCCCCUACAUUCCCUCUGAACCCCUUGAAACCCCCUGAGCCCCUCGAGCCCCAAAUGAAGAGGAUGGAGAAGGGCGUGGAGUACCUGGACCAGCCGCAGCUGUAUGCGACGCACUACAUCCGCAACUCGAAGGCGAUCGGCGUCCUGUGGGGCGUGUUCACCAUCUGCUUCGCCAUCAUCAACAUCGUGGUGUUCGUGCAGCCGCAGUGGAUCGGCGACACGCUCGACUCCAAGAGGACAGGGUACUUCGGGUUGUGGAAGUGGUGCACGGCCAACGCGGGCGGCAAGCUGGAGUGCACGGGGAAGCUGGACGACUUCGACUCGCUGCUGAGCACGUCCUUCAAGGCGGCCACCAUCCUCGUGGGCCUCUCGGUGGUCAUCACGCUGCUGUGCAUCUGCUGCAUGCUGCUCUUCUUCUUCUGCAGCUCCUCCACGGUCUUCCACGUCUCCGGCUGCCUCCAGCUGCUCUCCGCCGCCCUCCUGCUGGUGGGCGUGGUGGUGUUCCCGACGGGCUGGGAGGCCAGCGAGGUGCGCGAGGUGUGCGGCCCCACCGCCCGCCACUUCAACGUGGGCGCCUGCGAGGUGCGCUGGGCCUACGUCCUCGCCAUCAUCGGCGUGCUCGACGCCAUCGUGCUGUCCGCCCUGGCCUUCGUGCUCGCCACCAGGCACGUCAGGCUGCAGGCGGAGCCGGAGCCGGUCUACGGCGGCUCCGUCUACAAGGGCCAGAUGAACCCCGGCUUCGUGGGCGACGCGGGCAGCCUGGCGGGGUCGCGCAAGUCCCUCAACCUGCAGCCGGUGAUGCUGAUGCCGCACCCGGACCACGACCGCUUCUCCGAGUUCUCACACCACACCGCCCGCUCCAAGGCCUCCGCCUACCGAGCCCACUACGCGUCCUCCGUGCAGAACUUCCAGCUGUGAGGACGGGGAGGGGAAGGGUAGGGAGGGAAGGAUAGGAAGGG